UGUUCUUCAUGAAUAAAUGCUGUCGGUUCGCUGUGGUCGCUCAGCCAUGUUGAAUCGACUCUCAGCGCUGAGAUCGAAGGAACUGCAGCCCGCCAUUGUGUAGAAUCUAAGCUCUGUAGAGAGAGAGGGGCACUUGGCUAACUAUUAAAUAGACAUUUCUCACACCCUGUUGCUUGAAUUAGAAACGAAUUAAAUUACAAAGUCUCCAGGGAGAAAGACAUGUCAGCCAGCAGCCUUCUUGAACAGAGACCGAAAGGCCAAGGAAAUAAAGUGCAAAACGGAGCUGUGACCCAAAAGGAUACUUUGAAUGAUGAUGAGUUUGAGCCUUACCUGAACACCCAGGCUAGACAGAGCAAUGCCUAUACGGCCAUGUCGGAUUCCUACAUGCCCAGCUACUACAGCCCCUCCAUUGGCUUCUCCUACUCCCUCAACGAGGCAGCAUGGUCCACUGGUGGAGACCCUCCCAUUCCUUACCUGGCGUCCUAUGGACAACUGAGCAAUGGGGAGCACCACUUCCUCCCGGACGCCAUGUUUGGCCAGCCUGGCCCCCUGGGAAACAACCCUUUCCUGGGACAGCAUGGUUUCAAUUUCUUCCCCAGUGGCAUCGACUUUUCUGCCUGGGGGAGCAGCAGCUCUCAGGGACAGUCCACACAGAGCUCUGGCUACAGCUCCAACUAUGCCUACGCCCCCAGCUCACUAGGGGGUGCCAUGAUCGACGGACAGUCACCCUUCGCUGCCAAUGAGCCCCUCAACAAGGCCCCUGGCAUGAACAGCCUGGACCAGGGCAUGGCUGGGCUUAAGAUUGGUGGUGGUGGGGAUAUGGCCCCCAAGGUGGUGGGCUCUGGUCUCCCAGGAGGGGGGCCCCUCAGCCAGGUCACUGGAGCCCCCAGCAUGCCCCCUGUGUCCAUCGCCCCCGCGAAGGCCGCCUCCUGGGCGGACAUUGCUAGCAAGCCGGCCAAGCCGCAGCCCAAGCUGAAAACCAAGGGAGGCAUGGCUGGGACCAACCUGCCACCUCCCCCUAUCAAACACAACAUGGACAUCGGCACUUGGGAUAAUAAGGGGAACAUGCCUAAAGCUUCCACCCCCCAGCAGGUUCCCCUCCCCACCAACGGCCAGCAACCCCACCAGGCCUCCCCCCAGUCUGGCUCCACCCCUGGAGGGACCCCACAACUGCCCCUAAGCAACGGACAGUUGGUUGGUCCCCCCCACACCCACAUGGGGCAGCACCAGCUACCUCCUAAUGGGCAGCCGGUGAUGGGGGUUCCUAUGCAGUCUCUCUCCCAGGGUCCACCCCCUUCUCAGCCCUCCCAGCCCUCUCGAUGGGUUCCUCCUCGGAACCGUGCCAACGGGUUUGGGGAUGCAGGGGGUGGGGUGGGGCAGUCGCCUCCCAACUCUGGAGUAGGAGGUGGGGUGGUGGUGCCCUCGGAGCCUCAUCCUGUCCUGGAGAAGCUGCGCCUGGUCAACAACUACAACCCCAAGGACUUUGACUGGAACCCUAAGCAGGGGCGUGUGUUCAUCAUCAAGAGCUACUCCGAGGACGACAUCCACCGCUCCAUCAAGUACAACAUCUGGUGCAGCACGGAGCACGGCAACAAGCGUCUGGACGCUGCCUACCGCUCACUGGGCGCCAAGGGCCCCCUCUACCUGCUGUUCAGCGUUAACGGUAGCGGCCACUUCUGCGGCGUGGCGGAAAUGCGCUCGCCGGUGGACUACAACACGUGCGCAGGGGUGUGGUCACAGGACAAGUGGAAGGGCCGGUUUGAUGUGCGUUGGAUUUUCGUUAAGGACGUUCCCAACAGCCAGCUGAGGCACAUCCGGCUGGAGAACAACGAGAACAAGCCAGUCACCAACUCCCGAGACACCCAGGAGGUGCCCCUGGACAAGGCCAGACAGGUGCUGAAGAUCAUUGCCGGGUACAAGCACACCACCUCCAUCUUCGACGACUUCUCCCACUAUGAGAAGCGUCAGGAGGAGGAGGAGAGUGUGAAAAAGGUGGAAGUCCAGGGGAGCGAUCCUUACUCCAGUAACCCCAGCAACAGGAGUCAUUACCGACUUCAGGAGCGCCAAGGACGUGUCAAGUAACAGUUGGUACUGUGGGCAAAAGACUGCAAUGCCCCCCCCCUCUCCCCUCCCUCUCCUGCCCGUCACAACCAGAUCUCAGAUAUCUUACGGGAGGAAAUUAACCAAGGACAAAAAAAAAGAGAAACUAAAUGAAGACUUUCUUGAUUUCUUUUGACUUUAAAGACUUACUUCGAACUUGUAGUAAAAGAAAAAGAAAACCAUUAUUCAUAGGACUACAACUAAAUGCAUAGCAUCCUUAGGUGAAUCCUUUUUUUGACGCCCCGCUCCUCCCCAGUCCACUACGUAUGCUUUCUCCUUGUAUGCUCUGUUUCCAUUUUUUCUUUUUUAUGAUUAUCCUCUUUAUUUCUUUUUUUUUUUUUCUUUUUUUUUUUACAGUCCAGGAGCAACUCUGUAAUUUUCACAAAGAAAUGUAGUGGAUGUUUUUUUAGUGUUGAUGACAACGACUACUACUUCUAGUUCCCCCUUUGUGGAGAUGGGGAUCAGUCUGUCUCAGUCUGUUCUUUGUAACUAGCUCCACCCCACCAUGGGAGAUCCAGUCAUCCAGCCGGGGCGCAGCGGAUGUUCGUUGUGGGUCUUUUUCGUCACCACCUCCACAAGAGUUUGUUUCUUAUGACUCCCAUCUUUUGUUAUGAAGAGAGAACUGAAGCUAAUGUUCAGGAUGGCCCUGUAUUCAGUUGUUUGCGUUGGGCAGAGUAUGUAGAGAAGAGGGGCAGGGGUAGGGAGACUGGAGGGGGAAGGAAGUCGAAAGCAAAAAAAUAAGUUAAGUUAAGCCUUGGUCAUUCAUUGUAUAAUUUUAUAGUGUAAUUGGGCCCUGUUUGCAGUCUGCUGAACUUAUUUUACUGACUGUUUCUCUCUUGGACAAGUUCAUUGUUGCUGUGGGCUGCUUUUCUCUUUCUUCCUCGUUUAAUUUUUUGUUGUUUUUCCUUCCUUCCCUCCGCUUUCCUAAAACCGCAAAAUGCGAGUGGCCAUGCCCCCACUCUUUCUCUUAAUCAGUUCAAAGUAAUAAAUGUGGUAUACUCAGCAGAA